AACUUUGCUAUUAAAAAAGAGUCAUCUUUGCUUUCAUGAAAUACAAGAAAGAUUAAGGGAGAUCAUGGUGAAUUCAUGAUAAUGCUUUACCCAAUAAGAGGCUUCUUGAUAAUUCUAUGGGCUAUUAAUUGGAAGCUUUGGUAAUUGCAUAAUUAUAUUUAUAUUAAUUAACCUACCUCUUAAAUAUUCUUCUCUCAAAUCUCCAUGGCAGGACAACGUGCUAAAGGCCUCAACAAGCCUUGCUUCUUGCUUAUAGUGAUUGCUGGUAUGGAAAGAUUUGCAUUCAAAGGAGUGGCAUCAAAUUUAGUAACUUAUCUUACUGAUAUUAUUAAGAUGACCAACUCAACUGCUGCUAAAACUGUUAAUACAUGGUGUGGUUUUACUUCUAUUAUGCCACUCUUGGUUGCUCCUCUUGCUGAUUCUCUGUGGGAUCACUAUUCCACUAUUUUGGCAUCUGCUUUCUUCUAUAUUCUAGGACUUGCAGCAUUAACAUCAACAACAUUUGAAUGGGCAUGGCCAGUAAACAAGAAAGUUUCUACUGCCUUCAUGUUUUGGUCACUCUGUUUAAUAUCAUUUGGCCAAGGAGGAUACAACCCUUCCUUACAAGCCUUUGGGGCAGAUCAACUUGGAGAGGAAGAAGACUUGCCUUCUAACCAAACAGACCUUAAGAAAUCCAGUAAAAGAACCCUUUUCUUCACUUGGUGGUACUUUGGUGUGUGCAGUGGUAGCCUCUUGGGAGUCUCUCUAAUGUCCUACAUUCAAGACACUUUUGGUUGGUCUCUUGGGUUUGCGGUUCCUACUAUUGUUAUGAUCGCAUCUAUCAUCUUAUUUACUUGCGGUACUAGAUGCUAUGCCUUCAAUUUCUCCGGUGAUCACGACGCAGACGAUCCUGUGCCGUUCAAGAGUAUGGCUUAUGGUCUGAAAGUUGCAAUAUCAAAGGUGUUCAACUGUGGCGGCAUUGGGGAAUCGAAUCGUAAAGUUGAUGUUCCUGAGUUAGAGUUGCAGGAAAAUCAACACUCAAAUCAGAAGCUAGUAAAAAGCAAAGAAGUUAGUGAGAGACCUAGUAAAGGCAUAUGCUUUUCUGACAAUGUUAAGAUAACACUGAGGCUCUUACCUAUAUGGACCAUGUUGCUGCUGUUUGCUGUUAUUUUCCAACAACCAGCUACAUUCUUCACCAAGCAAGGCGUGACAAUGAAACGAAAUAUAGGACCCAAGUUCAAGGUCCCACCUGCGACUCUCCAAGCUGCCAUUACUGUCUCAAUUAUCAUCCUAAUGCCAUUGUACGACAAGAUUCUCAUUCCAUGCGCGCAAUUCUUCACAAGGAAUGAGCGGGGCAUAACAGUCCUACAAAGAAUGGGAGUUGGAAUGGUCCUCUCCAUCAUCGCCAUGGUGAUUGCAGCUUUGGUAGAAGAAAAGAGGCUCAAGAAUCCAAACAUGACUAUCUGUUGGUUGCUACCACAAUACAUAUUACUCGGAAUAUCAGACAUCUUUACGGUUGUGGGAAUGCAAGAAUUCUUCUACAGUGAAGUCCCCGUAAAAAUGAGGACUAUGGGAAUCGCCUUGUAUACUAGCGUGUUUGGCGUAGGCAGUUUUCUCAGUGCCCUAAUGAUAACGGUAAUUGAGGCGAUCACUACUAGAGGAGGAAAGCAAAGUUGGUUCUCUGAUGAUAUGUCUAAAGCAAGGCUAGAUAAGUACUAUUGGCUACUAGCUAUGUUAAGUACAGUGAGUUUACUAGUGUACAUUGUAUUGUGUAGAUUUCACAAGAGUAGGAGUGACUUGGUUAAUGAAAAUGAUGUAUAAAGUUAUAGUUUAUUAAUUUAUGCUAUAGUGCAAAAUACGGUUUCGGUCACGGUCGCGAAACUUAAAGUUCAGUCGCGAAUUCAAAAAGCUUAUACAACGGUCGCGAUACUGUAACAUGGCCCUGUGUUUGCACUAUAUCUAUGGGGUAAAUUUGCAGCAAAUAUGAUGAAACUAAUAACAAAAGCAAUGUCAUUAUGAGCAGAUAUGAAAGCAUGAAAUUACAAGACUCUAAGUA